AUGUCAAGAGUCUUGCAUUCACUGCCUUUAAUCGGCGUCAACCGAUUUCUGUACACUGGAUGUCGACGGCUUCAAUGGGCUCCUUUUUCAAAUUUCAUUUGGCGAAACCGCAACUACUCGAUAGCUGCUGGUUUACACCCCAGUAAACGAAAAAAACUGGAAGACUAUGAACAGUUAGCGAACGAAAAUUUGUCUGACCCUUAUUUUCAGGCCCGGCUAUACAAGGAAUUAUCUAAUUUAUAUCCCGAAGCAAUCCAGCAUCGCUACGAAACUAAAGGAGUAGCCAGGAAUUCGAUAUGUGAUCGAUAUUAUCAAGAAGCUUUGCUAAAGCUAUCUCAUAAUCAUAACUUACCAUCAUCCUUCCCCCCUUAUUUAAAAACCAACUUAAACUCUUAUCCAAAAACUUCGAACGAAUUCAUGAAACCCGCCGAAACUAUGCAAAACUUACAUUCUUCUGCACAUGCAACGCAACCUUCUAUGCACCCAAUGUAUUCUACUCCUCCUCUGUCAUCUACUCUGGGUUCAAGCAGUAAAACUCCAAUGUACGUCGUGGUCGAUGAGCCUCGCUUUACGAAGUUUUUUCGCAUUUUCAAAUUUAUUGCUGGUAUCAGUGUUGCCUCCUAUUUUGUCUUGCUUGGAGUUAGUAUCUUCGCUGAAACUUCCGGCCUCAAUAAUAUCAUGUCCAACUCUGCUGAACAAGAACCAAUUGAGGAACGUUCUAUUGAUGUCCGCUUCUCGGAUGUGCAAGGCGUGGACGAAGCAAAGGAAGAACUUGAAGAAAUUGUCGAUUUUUUGAAGGAUCCUACUCAUUUUACGAGACUUGGAGGAAAGCUCCCUCGAGGUGUUUUAUUGACCGGACCACCGGGAACUGGAAAAACCAUGCUUGCCCGUGCUGUUGCUGGCGAAGCUAAUGUUCCUUUCUUUUUUAUGAGUGGGAGCCAGUUUGACGAAAUGUAUGUCGGCGUCGGUGCCAAAAGAGUUCGGGAGCUUUUUAUAGCCGCUCGAAAACACGCACCUGCAAUCAUUUUUAUUGAUGAGCUAGAUGCCAUAGGACAAAAAAGGAAUGCUCGUGAUGCUGCCCAUAUGCGUCAAACUUUGAACCAGCUUCUGGUAGAUUUAGACGGAUUUUCCAAAAGCGAUGAUAUAGCUCAUCCUGUUGUAUUCAUUGGAGCUACUAACUUUCCCGAAAGUCUUGAUCCAGCCUUAACACGCCCUGGACGCUUUGACCGCCAUAUACAUGUUCCUCUUCCUGAUGUUCGGGGACGUAUGGCAAUUCUACGCCAUCACACUCAAAACGUUCCUUUAGACUACACUGCUGAUCUCAGUAUCAUAGCACGAGGUACAUCUGGAUUUGCAGGAGCAGAUUUAGCAAACUUGGUUAAUCAAGCGGCAGUACGUGCUAGCAAGAAUCAUAGCUCUAAUGUCGCCAUGCAGGAUCUUGAGUGGUCUAAGGAUAGGAUAUUAAUGGGAGCUGAAAGAAAAAGCGCCGUGAUUACCACCGAGAGCAAACUAAUGACUGCGUACCAUGAGGGCGGUCAUGCACUAGUAGCUUUGCUAACUAGAAAUGCUAUGCGACCAUAUAAGGCCACGAUCAUGCCCCGAGGAAGUAGUCUUGGUAUGACCAUAUCACUUCCGGAUAUGGAUAAGGAUAGCUGGACUCGGGAUGAGUAUCUUGCUAUGAUGGACGUUGCCAUGGGAGGCCGCGCUGCUGAAGAGUUACUUUACGGAAAAAAUAACAUUACCUCCGGUGCUCAUAAUGACAUAGACAAAGCAACACAUGUUGCUAGAAGAAUGGUUACUCAAUUUGGCAUGUCGGAACAAGUAGGACCUGUCAGCCUUGAAGCAGAUUUGGAUUCUCUCUCCCCUACCACCAAAGCUAUAGUAGAAGCUGAAAUCAAAUCUUUACUGGAAGCAGCUUACCAAAGAGCCCUUUCACUUUUAAAGUCACACAAAAAAGAGCUCGAUUCAGUUGCUAAUGCUUUGGUUGAUUACGAGUAUUUAACUGCUGAGGAAAUGAGACUUGUUAUGAAUGGCGAAAAAGAUAUUACAAGAGCCAAACUAACUUGA